GUUGCUAUUUUGCUUCUUACUUAGAUCACUCCAAAAAGUAUAGCUGUUCACAAUCCCACAGAGGUGGCUAGAUUUGUGUGAACCUUAUGUUAGUGAAGAUGAAUUAAAGCUGAUGCUACAUGGGGCAGAGUUGAGUGGAGCAAUAGAGGAGGAAGAGCAGGCAACCUUCCAUUUGCUAAGCUGGACAAGGCGCUUUCAGACGAGGACGCGCGGUACCGAUUAGAGAGUUGCGUUCUUCUCCUUGUAUAGGGUUCAAUUCUAGGACGAGUGCAGCUCGUUGAACGCCACAGACUGUCUCCCCGGCAACUGAUAGUAAGGAAUUUUCUUUUGAUAUUUUUAUUUAUGGGUUUAUUUCUUGACAAUUGGGUGUUGUUUAAUUAUGUAUGGAAAAUGCAAUUACUUUGUUUGAAGAAAAAUUAUGGAGCCCUCUGUCCUCUGUUUCAAGUCUGAGCCUUUGCUCUCUUUGCUGCUACCCUUAGGUUCUUUGAUUUAUGUUUGUAGAGAUAAGGAUUUUGUCAAACUUGGUUAUUGGUUUUUGAAUUCUUGCUUUGCCUUCAAUUUUUUGGUGUUUAGGGAAUUGAUACUUUUGGAAGAAAAUGGAUAUUUUCAA